GGGUAAAGAGGGCGGGAGCCCCGAACCGUCAGGAGACAGGGCAAAGGCCACAGCGAUGAUAAGGAAGCGGAAAGUCUGUGUGGUGUUGACACUUAUCACCGUGGUUGUCAUCUUCCUGGUCAUCGUCGCUCACCACAGCUUCAACAGGUCCGUGGUGGAAAUACAGUCCGGGCUCCAAUGGACAACGGAUGGAAGUCCGUCUUUACCCAAUGUAGUGACCAUCCAGAUCAACAUUUCUGAACUUAUAAACAGGUGCCUUCAAGAAGGAGAGAUAUUUCAAAACAACAAUUUAUCCUUCCUACAGCAAUGUGUCAAGAGAGCACCAAGUGCAAUAACUCUUCCGAAGCUUGAGCAGCUGGGGACUCACACUAAUCCAGGUGAGAAUCAAACCAAGGCCCUGUACCCUCUGAGUACGGAGCGAGAGACUGCGAGGCGGAGAGUAGAAUCAACGGCGAGAGAGGUCUUCUACUUCAUCACUGCCAAGAUGGACGCACUCAGCCACGGAAACUUCUCCUUAAACGAACUUACGAAGCAGUUUAUAAACAACACGAGGACAGAACUUGAAGACUACAAAAGGUCGUUGUCCAAUGAUCUUCACCAGCUGAGUCACGUGGACGAGGACGAUGAGUGGCGGGUCAGUGAGUCCAAACAACUCGGGGACCUCGUGCUGCGCCGUCUGCUCGCUCUACAGAACCCACAGGACUGCAGCAAAGCGAAACUUGUCGUCUACAACUUGGGGAGACCCUACGGCUUUGGCAGCAUGUUGCACGAGGCGACGAUGUGUCUGUUGACGGCCUACGCCACACACCGGACACUUGUUCUCACAACCAACGGCUGGGGAUUCACCCCGAGCACCUGGGACACCUUCAUGAUGCCGCUGUCUACUGUACAGCUAAUGACACUAGAGACAUGGACCCUAAGAAUCAGACAGCUUCAGCUCGCGUCGUUCAACUGCAAAGUCUGAUAGGAGACUGGAACAAUUCACCUGCCAAGUUUCGUCCUCGCGCCAUCCCAGCAGACCUGGCCAAGAGGUUAAAGGCCUUCUCACGGUGACCCCCCGGCCUGGUGGGUCGGUCAGCUGGUCAGCUUCCUCCUGCGUCCUCAGCCUCACUUGCAGCAGACCAUCGAGACACAAGGCGAGAAAAUGGGAUUUCAAC